AUGGCCGCCCGCACCAAACUCCUCUACCAAACCAACGGCAACCUCCGGCAACACCUCACAAAAAUCCUCUCCCUAACCCCCGUCUCCUCGCUCCCCCCCUCAGACCAAUCCCUCAUCAAAGAAGUAACACCCAACGACCACGCCCUCAUCACCACCUCCACAAUUUUCUACGUGCAAGGCGGCGGCCAACCCACCGACACCGGCGUCAUCUCGACCUCAACUGCGAAAUUCGAGGUAUCUUCCGUACGCCAUCCCGCUGAGGGCGGCGGGAUACUGCAUUUCGGCCGCUUCAAUGAAUCGAGUGGCCAAGAUGGGUUUGCGGUUGGCGAGGAAGUGAAUCAGGUGAUUGACGGGGCGAAACGGGAUUUACAUUCACGAUUGCAUACCGCGGGUCAUAUCCUCGGUCUCGCCAUCAACCAUCUAUCGCGCGAGGACAAGCUGCCAAAAUUAGUAGAGAGCAAGGCGUCGCAUUACCCAGGAUCCGCGGCUGUGGAGUUCGUCGGGAAUAUCCCCGGUUCGGCGCUUGCGGCGAUUCAGGAGAAGGUGGAUGAGUUUGUAGCGUCGAAGCGGGCAGUUGAGAUUCAUUUUUGGCCGAUGGAGAGGCUGAGGAGGGAGUGUGAGGGCGUGGAUGAGGGGUUUGCUUUGCCGGAGGGGGAGGAGUUGGGGAGGGUGGUGGAGAUGGUUGGGUUGGGGAGUUAUCCUUGUGGGGGGACGCAUGUGGGGGAUUGUGGGGAGACGGGGAGGAUUGAGGUUAGGAAGAUUAGUAGGAGUAAAGGGGUGAGUAGGGUGAGUUAUCGAUGUGAUUAG